AUGUUGGUAGUCUGGUCCGAGUCGUUCCUGAAGCAGUACGGGUGUCAUGGGGGUCUUAACCAACUAGGCGGAAUGUUUGUUAAUGGCCGUCCACUUCCGGAGGUGAUCCGGCAACGCAUUGUGGACAUGGCCCACCAGGGGGUUCGGCCCUGUGACAUCUCCCGGCAGCUCCGAGUCAGCCAUGGCUGCGUCAGCAAGAUCCUGGGACGCUACUACGAGACCGGAAGCAUCAAGCCUGGUGUGAUUGGCGGCUCCAAGCCCAAGGUGGCCACCCCGAAAGUUGUGGACAAGAUCGCCGAUUACAAGAGGCAGAACCCCACCAUGUUCGCGUGGGAGAUCAGGGACCGGCUGCUGGCAGAGGGAGUGUGUGACGGCGACACGGUGCCCAGCGUGAGCUCCAUUAACAGAAUAAUACGAACUAAAGUCCAACAGCCGUUCAACCUGCCUCUAGAUGGAAAAGGCCUGAGUCCCGGACAAACCUUAAUCCCCAGUUCAGCGGUCACCCCUCCCGAAUCUCCUCAGUCCGACUCCCUGGGCUCCACCUACUCCAUCAGCGGCCUGCUGGGUAUCCCUCAUCCCAGCGCCGAGGGCAAGAGGAGCCACGAUGACAGUGACCAGGACAGCUGUCGGCACAGCGUGGACUCUCAGGGCAGCGGUGGCGUCCCAAGGAAACAGAUGAGGGUGGAUCAUUUCUCAGCCGCCUCGCAACAUCUGGACUGCGGGUUCGAUCGUCACCACUACCCGCCGGACUCAUUCGGCUCGGCCUCCGGCAGCAAGGCAGAGCAGACUUUGUACCCGCUGUCCCUGCUCAACGGCAGCCUCGACGAGGCCAAGACCAGCCUCUCAGCAUCCAGCUCCACCAUUGGACGGAAUCUGGCGCAUCAGGGCUACACCAUGGUGACCGAGCCCCUUCAGUCCCUGCCGCUCUGUCUAAAACAGGAAAUGUCCCCAGAGGUGACCAGCACAAGCCCAUCGCCAAACAUGGCGGCCUCCAACCUGGCGUUCCUGGAGCUGCAGGCGCUGCAGAAACCCGUUUCUGUCAGCGGCAGCAGCUGCAGCUCCAACCAUUUCCCCAAUGCAUUCAACUCAUUCUCCCAUCAUGCACCAGUGUACGGGCAGUUCAGCAGCCAGUCUGUUAUCUCAGGACGUGACAUGGUGAGCUCCACGCUGCCAGGUUACCCACCUCACAUCCCGUCCCCUGCACAGUCAGGAUACUCCUCCUCUGCCAUCACAGGCAUGGUCGCAGCAGGUGCAGACUACACCGGUCAGUCCUACACCCAUUCACCCUACACCUCGUACAGUGAGGCCUGGAGGUUCACUAACUCCAGCAUACUGGGUUCCCCCUAUUACUACAGCUCAGCCUCCCGCACAGCCCCACCACCUUCAGCCGCCUACGACCACCUCUAGUCCCUGCUGCAUGGACAGACCCUGUGUCUGAUGGACCGGACUCGACCCACUGGGCUGAGACUGGAGAACCUUCACACCGUCAUGCGGACCAAGGCAUGAAAGUCAAAACUGGAUGUGAACUAGAGACUCUGCUGACAAAACCAGCAACAUGGUUUUUUUUUUGUAUCACAUCCUCUCAUGGUGAACCACACCAUCUUCUCCUUUAUUUAUUUGUCAGGACCUCCACCAUUUUUCCAGGGUUGACUCUGACUCGUGCACGUUUACACAUUGCUGACAGUGAACUCCACGCGGGGCCUGUUUCCUGCAGAGACUCAGCCUGAUAUCAGUAUGAUCAGUACACAGAUAGCUCUUUAAUGCUGUUUUGGCCAAAGACUUUCGUUCUCGCACAUCUGCAACUUGACUCUUCAGUGAGUAGGGAUAUGCAACUUCUUUAUAAUGAACUAUGCCCACAUUUGUUUACAAUUAACGCUUCUUUGUCCUUAAUUGUGAACCCUGUCAAAUUUCCUUUUCUUGAUCUGUGUCUGCUUGCAAAUUCAUUUUUGUGAUUUCUUUUUGUUGUUGUUUCCACUGUAAAUUCUGAGCUUUUCCUGGUCCUGAGUAUAGACCGAAGGGCGACACAUUUAAUCACAAUUACAACAAAAAUGCCAACGUAUGCCCCUCCAAGUCAAUUAAUGUAUCUGUUCAGCAAUGUGUACAUAUUGUAAAUGAUGAAUUACU